GGAAUACUAGAAUCGACACCUUUUUCUUUGUGACCAACGCGGCCAAUUUGUUCCCCUUGUCUGAAUCAUGUCAAUAUAAGCAGGGGAGAUUGCCCACCAAAGGCUUGAGAUUUUGCCAAACAUCUCGUACUCCUAUCUAUGGCAAUUUUGCCCCUCAUUCACUAAAGCCUCGAUAUGCCGCCGAAAACUCCAGCUUCAACUCAUCGACCGCGACGAAGAAACAAGAUCUCCACUGGUCUACCUUCCACUCCAGGUCAUGGAACCUCGAUUUUCGAUCCUUUAACACAAUCUCAGCGUCCUGCAUUUCCUCUAGCGGCAUUCCUUUGGCCCGCAAGAGGAACGACAUCGCAAUGGGUUCUGCUACCUGUCCUGCUCAUGGUCGUAGGCCUCUUUCGAUGGGCGAUAGGUUUAUGGGGCUAUUCCGGAUUCAAUUCUCCUCCUAUGCAUGGCGACUUUGAAGCGCAAAGGCAUUGGAUGGAGAUCACGAAUCAUCUGCCUGUUUCCAAAUGGUACUUUUAUGACCUGCAAUGGUGGGGCCUCGACUACCCACCGCUGACGGCAUACCAUAGCUGGCUGUUGGGAAAAAUUGGUUCAAAAGUCAACCCCGCUUGGUUCGCCCUAGACACUUCGCGGCGCAUGGAUGACCCAAUGCUAAAAAUAUAUAUGCGAGCGACGGUCAUUAUCUCAGAAUAUCUCAUCUAUAUUCCAGCGAUUAUAGUAUUCUUCCGCCACUUCCGCCGCAGAGAAGCCGUCGAUACGUGGGAGUCCUCAAUUGCUCUGCUCGCCUUUCUCAUGCAACCGGCAACGAUUCUCACUGAUCACGGGCAUUUCCAAUACAACACUGUCAUGCUUGGUUUCUUUCUAGCGGCUUUGUCGAACAUUUUGGCGGGAAGAUUGUUGUGGAGUUGUAUCUUCUUUGUUGCCGCGCUGGGCUUCAAACAAAUGGCUCUCUACUACGCACCGCCAAUUUUCGCGUAUCUUUUGGGGGUCAGCGUCAUUCCAAGACUGCAUCUGUCACGCUUUCUUGGUAUUGCCAUUAUUACAAUCCUCUCCUUUGUUCUUUUGUUGGCACCCUUUAUCAUAGGGGUGGCCUAUGAUGUGCACCGGCAGAUUCCGAUGGACGAGACCGAACCCCCUCUCCUUUCCAUAAUCCCUUUCCGUUUGGAUCGACAGGCAUUCUACUAUCCAUUCGUUCUCCAACUUGGGCAGAUGGUCCACCGCGUUUUUCCAUUUGCUAGGGGUAUUUUCGAAGACAAGGUUGCGAAUAUCUGGUGCGCGCUUCACACAUUCCACAAGCUGCACAAAUACCCCCAGAUCUGGCUGCAGCGUAUAUCUCUCCUUGCCACAUUGGCGGCCAUUGCGCCUUCUUGUUUGGUUAUUUUUCUAAAACCUCGACGCGACUUAUUACCUUUGACGCUGGCGAGCUCUGCGUGGGGCUUUUUCCUAUGUUCUUUCCAGGUGCACGAGAAGAGUGUCUUGUUACCACUCUUGCCGAUGACUCUUCUUCUGGGUUCUGACAGUGGCCUUGGACCGAGCAAGCGCUCUUGGAUAGGCUUUGCAAAUAUACUUGGCGCAUGGACUCUGUUCCCACUGCUCAAGAGAGACGAGCUGCGAUUUCCCUACUUCAUUUUCACUCUUCUCUGGGCAUAUCUACUUGACAUUCCGCCUGCCUCUCUAGGCGUUUACACGUCCUACCAUUCCCAGCCUGAGACCGCAGUCGGAUUGCCAACCAAGUUCUUGCACAUUUCCUUCUACUGCACCAUGGUAGUGUGGCAUUUCUUUGAAUUCUAUGUGGCGCCGCCACAAAGGAAGCCUGAUCUUUGGGUGGUAGCCAACGCAGGCAUCGGCGCCGCCGGUUUUGGUAUUUGCUAUCUCUGGUGCACGUGGCACUUGCUCUUACAAAGCAAGCUUUUCUCGGAUGCUUCGCCCCAACCAGCUGCGGUAACACCACUGAAGCAACGCUUGCGGUCAAAUGGCAGAGCAAAGCAACUUUGAUGCCGUUGUUGUCACAUACAGUCUAAUAGAGCCGUGGGUACAACACCCCAUUAUUUCCAUUACCUUUGUUGGCGUUUCCAUUGGUCAAUUGAGAGAAGAGAUGAUUUUCUAAAGCUACAGAAACCUGUAUAGUACAGCCUUUUCGUUUUAUUAGAGUAGAAAGUAUGAAACAUGU